AUGACCUCACCUUUCGAGCGCCUCCCUGCCGAGGUAUUCGAUAUCAUUGCAGCCUGCCUCGACUUGCCCGAAUAUCAAUCACUCCGUUUAACCUCACAGCGACUUCACCUACUGACUCUGUCAACAUUCACCAAGAGGUAUUUCGCCAAGUUGAUCACCACCCUCGGUUCGCCGUCGCUGGAUCGCCUGGGAAAUGUGGCGAGUCACAACCACCUGUCCCAGUCGGUAACCACGCUGGAGAUUAGACUGCUCAAUCACCGCGACUACAAAGACCUGACCAAGAUUGCAAGGAUUGGCAUUUUCCCACCACCCAAGCGGUUCCCAAAGGUGUCGUGUAUUAGGUCGGAAAACAUCGUCCGGGAAAGUACCCUUCACGACGAUGUGCUUGCAAAUAGGCACGCCAAGUGUAUCACGGAGCGCCUGGCUCGUGGCUUACUAGGCUUUGACAAUCUAAAAGCAAUCCGAUUCCGUGCGCAUCAGGCUGAGCCACUCGAGUGGAACGCGACUGCAAUUCCAGACGAGGACGAGGUGUUCCGGUCCAGAUGUCUGCGAGCUGUAUUCGACGCCGUGCUGAAGAGUGGCAUUGCGCUGGAGAUGUUCAGUAUGGGGAAAGAGAAGGGCCUUGCAGCCUUGAGCAAAUGUGCCAAUGUGCCGUACCCCGCGCUGCAACUGCCCGUUGAGUACCUGCAGAGGCUGCGGCCAUGUCUCCGAGAAUUAGAUACUUUGACUUUGUCCAUUGUCAGUCAACACAACGGCCACCACAGGCUUCCCGGCUGGGAAAACAGUUUAGGCAGGUUCAUCGCCACCGCACCAGGGCUGCGCCACCUGACUUUAUCUCUCGACCGAAAGUGUCAAGUCUCCCAGUACGGUGCGCGCAUCAUUCGUUCUCUAUCGGAUUCGAUUCAGAUCCAGACUCUGGAGAGCUUCCAUCUUGGCAAUUCCACUUUCCAUGAGUCAGAUCUGGCCAAGUUGGUCAAAACACAUGCCGGGACGCUGCAGCGACUCAUCCUCACCAACGCCUGCUUGCUGACUGGUAAUUGGGCGUCGUUGUUGUCUUCGUUCAAAGCGGCUCAGCGCCUGCGCUGCCUUCGACUCGCAUCCAUUGACGGCGCAGGAAGCCCUGUGCAGUGCCGACAGCGGGACAAGGAGCGUCAGAAAAUCACCUUGACUACUGGUGAGCAAGAGCCUUGCAUGAGCCACCUGCUGGACGAGCUAAGGAAAGCGUUCAUGGAUAUUCCCGUCUCCAUGUACGCAUAA